AUGGGUGGCGAGCCCGUUCAAAAAAGUGAAAACCAAAAAACCGUUCAAAAUUUCUUAAAGGAAGAACAGUGCGAAGGGCAGCUUUCAGAAGCCUUCCUGAUGCUCGAUCAGCUGGACAAGAAUCAACGAUCACUGACAGAUGCCAAGGAACGUUACCAGCUUACGGAAAGGAAAGCCUUGACUAACAUGGUUUCACACAUCUUCAUUGCGCAAUGUAAAACCAGCGAAAGACCAGGCGGCUUCUACGAGAACAAACUGGAGCUAUUGACAGAAACUAUCAUCUACUAUGAGCGAUUACACCAUACAAAGCAACGCGAAUUCAAAUCCUUCAAAAACGAGCUAUCGACAGUCGACUCUGAAAGGCUUGAGAAACUGGUGAGCAAAUAUCGGGAACUGCAAGACUCAUCCUCAGCUGCCAAGAACUGA